GGCACCGCCAACCCCUGCUUCCACCAGCCGCGGGGCCUCUCAUGCGACAGCCAAAAAAGGACAGCUCGACCUGGAAGGCCAAGGUGGGACCCCUCUGUUAUUAAGAGAGGACACUUUCUGGUUCUUCUGAUUGAUUGUGACCAGCACCAGUCAGCUAUAACACUCAAAUCCCCGGUGAUGAUCUCGAGGACGACUUCUAGAACCCACGCUUCGCCCAGCUCAAAACACUCCUCGAUCGAUCGAUCCACAAUUAUCACCCCCUAGUGCCGGCCCCGUAUCAGCAGCAAGCAACUUACAUACCGAACGAAGCUCGCCAACAAGCCAAGCACCUGACCGAACGACUCGAGCAUUGAACCGCCGAUUUCCCAUCCAGCUCCCGUCCCGAGACUGACAACAUGGCCGAGUUCGGCAUGUACCACGCCCUGGGUCAGGGGGAGAACAUCGAUCCCAACGAUCCCCAUCGUCGAACCCAACCAGCCGCUCCUCAGUUCCAACCACCAGUUGCCCCGAACCCCUACCAGCCCCAGGCCUCCUCCCCAUAUGGUGCGCCAACACCUCCGGCACAGCAGCCGUACUACGGCACCCCUUCCCCAGCCGGUGUUCCCCCCCCGCCUCAGCUUCCGGGAUAUGGAGCUCCCCCAGCAGGAGAGCCAGGUUAUUUCCAGGGUCAGCAAUCUCCUGCCGAUGAUGGUGGUUUGGCCGCUCAGAUGGGAGGAAUGAGCCUGGGUCCUGAUGCGGGCCACGGUGCGGCGAGGAGGAAGAAGAAGGAUCGCCAUGCCUACCAUCAGGUCGAGGCCGUGGGAUCAUCACAGCCCUUCAAUGGCAUUCCUCCAGCUGGAACACCUGCUACAGCCUUCCUCAACGCCGAGCCCUCGGCAGCCGGUGCUCGCUAUGGUGGCUCUCAGUUCCCAGCGCCAGUAAGCCCAGGCUUCAAUCCUGUUCCGGCUUCACCCGCCGAGUUUGCGGCGAGGGGUGGCGGCUUUGGUGAUGCCACUGCCUCCGCCACCAUGGUUUCUAGCGGGGGCCAGGACAGAGUAUCUCCUGACGAGAUGCCAAGUGUGCCCCUUUCCCGGGACUCGGUCCAGCAAUACUUCCUCACCAACGUCUAUCCUACCUUUGAGCGCCUGGUUCCCCCUCCCGCCACCACCUCCUUCGUCGCCUUUGACCAAGGAAACUCAUCCCCCAAGUUUGCCCGUCUGAGUUUGACCAACAUUCCCGCCACGGCCGAAGGACUGAAGAGCACAGCACUGCCUCUGGGUCUUGUGUUGCAGCCUCUUGCCCCUCUCCAAGCCGGCGAGCUGCCGAUUCCCGUCUUGGACUUUGGUGAUGCCGGCCCGCCCCGCUGCCACAGAUGCCGUGCUUACAUCAACCCCUUCAUGAUCUUCCGCUCCGGCGGCAACAAGUUUGUGUGCAACCUGUGCAACUAUGCCAACGACACCCCUCCCGAAUACUUCUGUGCCACCAGUCCCCAGGGUGUUCGCGUGGACCGCGACCAGCGCCCAGAGCUUAUGCGGGGCACCGUGGAGUUUGUGGUGCCCAAGGAGUAUUGGACCAGGGAGCCAGUUGGUCUCCGUUACGUUUUCGUCAUUGACGUCACCCAGGAAUCUUUCAACAAGGGCUACUUGGAGGCCUUUUGCGAGGGCAUUCUCCGUGCUCUGUAUGCUCCCGAGGAUGACGAGGAGAAGGAUGAGAAUGGAGAGGUGAAGAGGAGGAUACCGGUGGGCGCCAAGGUUGGCUUCGUGACUUACGACAAGGAGGUUCACUUUUACAAUGUGAGCCCGUCGCUGGAGCAGGCUCAGAUGAUGAUUAUGCCGGACAUUGAGGAUCCUUUUGUUCCGCUCAGCGAGGGCUUGUUUGUGGAUCCUUAUGAGUCCAAGACGGUCAUCACGUCUCUUUUGACGAGGCUGCCGCAGAUGUUUUCGGACAUCAAGAACCCGGAGCCGGCGCUGCUUUCUACCCUGAACGCGGUUGUGGGUGCGCUGGAAAAGACUGGUGGCAAGAUUUUCUGCUCGUUGGCUGCGCUGCCUACUUGGGGUCCUGGACGUUUGUUCAUGAGGGAUGAUGGAAAGCAUCCUAAUGGUGAGCCGGACAAGAAGUUGUUUAGCACGGAGCACCCGGCCUGGAGGAAAUUGGCCGAGAAGCUGGUUUCUAUUGGUGCUGGUGUUGACUUUUUUAUGGCGUCGCCUUCCGGGGGUUAUCUUGAUAUUGCCACUGUUGGCUAUGUGUCUGCCACCACUGGCGGCGAGACCUUCUUCUACCCCAACUUCAUUGCUGGCAGGGACAACACCAAGCUUUCCCUUGAGAUCAAACACGCCGUAACCCGUGAGACGGGCUACCAGGCCCUCAUGAAGGUCAGGUGCUCCAAUGGCCUUCAGGUAUCGGCCUAUCAUGGCAACUUCAUCCAGCACACAUUUGGCGCCGACCUGGAGAUCGGUGUGAUUGAUGCCGACAAAGCCCUUGGUGUCACCUUUGGCUACGACGGCAAGCUCGACUCCAAACUGGACGCCCACUUCCAGGCUGCCCUUCUUUACACCACCGCCUCCGGCCAGCGCAGAGUCCGCUGCUUGAACGUCAUCGCUGGUGUUAGCGAACAGGCGAGAGAUAGCAUCAAGUUUAUUGACCAGGAUGCUGUCUACACUAUUCUUGCAAAGGAAGCCUCCACCAAGCUUGCUUCUACUAGCAGUAGUCUGAAGGACAUCCGGGCGGGUCUUACGGAGAAGACGAUUGAUGUCUUGGCCAUGUACCGCAAGAAUUUCCUGGCUCAGGCGCAUCCACCCGGACAGCUGGUUAUGCCGGAGAGGUUGAAGGAGUUUGCGAUGUACAUGCUUGGCAUGAUCAAAUCCCGUGCUUUCAAGGGCGGUAAUGAAACAUCUGACCGGAGGGUGCACGAGAUGAGGAUGAUUCGCUCCAUGGGCUGCCUGGAACUGUCUCUCUACCUCUACCCGAGGAUGAUACCCAUUCACAACCUCGCUCCCGAAGAUGGCUUCCCCGACCCCGCCACCGGCCACCUCAAGAUGCCCCCUUCCACCCGCACCACCUUCUCUCGUGUCGAACCCGGGGGUGUGUACAUUGUGGACAAUGGCCAGCAGCUCCUCAUCUGGUUCCACGCCCAGACGAGCCCGAACCUGAUUGAGGACUUGUUUGGGCCUGGAAUGGACGAGCUGAGGAAGCUGGACGCGUACACGAGCCAGCUGCCGGUAUUGGAGACGCACUUGAAUGCGCAGGUGAGGAAUAUUUUGGAGUGGUUGAGGGGGAUGAGGGGAAGCAAGGGGUUGACGGUGCAGCUGGCGAGGCAGGGGUUGGACGGGGCCGAGUACGAGUUUGCGAGGUUGCUGGUGGAGGAUAGGAACAAUGAGGCGCAGGGUUAUGUGGAUUGGUUGGUGGCGGUGCACAGGGGGGUGCAGCUUGAGGUGAGUAAGGGGACGAGGUUGAAGUGAUCAUGUCAGUGUGAUUUGACAGGGUUGUGACGUGAGGGGGGGGGGAUGUGUGUGCUGACGAAAAGUGAUUUAUAGUUGACCGGUCAGAGGAAGAGGGAGGAUAAGGAUGGG